AACAACACUGAAAACCAUCAUGGCGGCCACCGCGAGACUCAUAUCGAGGUUGACCCUGGUCACUGGUGGAGGCAGUGGGAUCGGGCGGGCGGUGUGCCAGCGUUUGGCCUCUGAAGGAGCGUCGGUGGUGGUCGCUGACAUCAGCGAGGAGUCGGCCAACGAGACGAUGAAGAGUCUGAUAAAUAACCUCAGAGGGCAGCAGCACACGGCGGCUGUGGUGGACGUGUCGUCAAAGCAGAGCGUAAAGCAGCUGGUGACAAGCAUACAGACUCGGUACUUCCAGCCUCCCUCGGUGUGCGUGACCGCAGCCGGCAUCACUCAGGACGACUUCCUGCUCAACAUGGACGAGGAGAAGUUUGACCGAGUCAUCCAGGUCAACCUGAAGGGUUCCUUCUUGGUCACUCAGGCCGUGGCUCAGGCUCUGGUUGCCUGCGGAGCUCCUAAAGGAUCCAUCAUUACUGUGGGCAGCAUCUUAGGAAAGGUGGGAAACAUCGGGCAGGUGAACUACACGGCUUCUAAAGGUGGAGUUGAAAGUUUAACCAGGACUGCUGCUAAAGAGCUCAGCAGGUUUGGGAUUCGCUGUAACUGUGUGCUGCCAGGCUUCAUAUCGACUCCAAUGACAGAUCAAGUUCCAGAGAAAGUUAUCAACAAGGUUCUGCCUCUGGUGCCUCUGGGAAGAAUGGGUGAAGCUGCAGAGGUGGCAGAUGUUUGUGCCUUUUUAGCUUCAGAUGAUUCUGGGUACAUCACAGGAGCCAGCAUCGAAGUGACGGCAUCAAACUGAGGUUUAAUUCAGAUUAGCAGGAUUUCUGAACAAGAUGGAGCUGUUUUCAUGUUAAAGGUAAAGAGCACCGAGCCAGAAUAAAUCWCUUUAAAAAUCAAUAGAACCAAAUUAAAAACUGAUCUAAGCAAACUAAAACUACACCAGUAAUUAAGUUUAGAUUGAUUCUUGGAAAAAGUAAUUAGUUUUUCCUGCUGAAGUGAAGCUGAUCAAAAAGUUUAUUACUUYAUAAAUAAUUAAAGCUGUUUUGAUGAUUCCAUGACACUUUAUUAGUGACAAACAAGGCUUCUUGCUUUAAAGAUAAAAAGGAGUAUGUAUGUAAAAUAUUUUAUUAUUUUAAACAGAAAAUCUGUCAGCAGAGGAUGUUGGUCAAAUAAAGUUCUCAAAUAAAAUAAAGACAUUUUACAUAUUUUUAUUUCUCACAAACUAAAAAAGCCAUUAUUUUUUCUUUUUUAUUACAACUAUCCUUUUCUUUAUGUAAAACCAGAAGCCGUGUUUACAACAAAAACAUUUUCUUUCUUCCUGUUCAAUUUAAAAACGUUAAUCAGCUGCCACAAUGAGACGUAAGAAAAACAAGAGUCAWUCAGCUCUUUUUAAAAAGAUUAUAUAUUACAGAAACAUGAAUUUGUCAAAAAAAAAUUACUUACAGACAUUAUAAAAUAAUAYUUAUUUCUCUUUUCAGCACCAGUUUCUUUGUGUUGAAACGUUUCAACACAAUAAAACAAAUAGUUGAGGUCAUUCUCUCUGAAAGGUUUUUGUUACUUUAGGUUGAUUCCUGCCUGGUUUGUUGUUAAAUUAAAAAAAACAAAACCAGAACUCUGAUGUAAAAUCAUCAGUUUUCGCUCCGUCUCGGCUGACAAACCCCCUCCAGCCUCCCUCCCCACAGAAGUGGUCUCUGAAAUGUAAAAUAAAGGAUUUAGUUGAAGCAACAACCAGACGAGUGGAACUGCAAGAAGACAGAGAAGUGACGGAACUGGAGAGUCUCCAUUUAAUCAUUACAGUGGAAAUUUAAACAGCACAGUUCCAGCUGAUGGAAACAACUACAACAAGGGAUUAUUACAGGAAAACACGGCCACAGAUUCUUUGGUUGUACAAAAAGUCAGGGUGUGAACAGAAGCCUCACAGCUGGAGCCGACCGCCACUUUCAACAUUUCAAUCAAAUAAAAACGCAGAGUCGGCUGGAAAUAAACCUAAGUUCUUAUUUUAAUCUCAAAGCACCCUUUGUUUYAAAUAAAUACAAUAGAAUAUUACUAUUUCUGUACAAAUGUAUUGUAAUGCACAUUUCCCUAGUAAAAAGCUUUGUGAAAUUGUAAAGAGACUAAAAAACAAAUGGAGAUUUUUUAUAUAUAAUUAGCACCUUACCACACAGUUUCAUUCAGUAAAGUCUGUUUUAUUAAAAAAAAAAAAAA